CAAAACAAAACGAGCUUAUUGAAAAAUUAGAUAAAGAAUUUGUAAAGGUUCAACAUCGAUAUCAUUUGGCAGCAGGAGAUUUCCCAAAUUUGGAACGAUUCAAAGCUGGUCUUAGCAUUUACAAAUUUGAUAAAUUUAGCAACUUAAAAUCUCAACUUAUUGAAAAGGCUGAAGAUGCAUUAUCUAAUGAUUUACCAAAAUUGAUGUCUAAAGUUCCACAAGGAAAUCGAAUGUUAUCACCAGCAGAACGUAAUCCAUUUGAUAUAAGAUUACCAAGAUCUGGUAGUACUCGAACAGAUCUACCACCAAGUUAUUGGGAUUUCUCAGCGGUUAACAAACAAGAAGCUAUAGCGCAAUUUAAUGCUAUGAAACCAAAUAAUGGCAAAGUAAGCGGAGAAUCAAUUAAACCGGUUUUAAUGGAUACAGGAUUAGAAAAACCUGUAUUAUCAAAGAUUUGGAAAUUGGCAGAUUGGGAUGAAGAUGGAUAUAUGGAUAUUGAUCAAUUUGCAGUUGCUUUGCAUCUUUGUAAAGCUGUUACGAGUGGUGGUGAGUUACCAGAGGAAUUACCACCGACUUUAAAGCCUA